UUCUAGGAGGUUUCUCAAAUGAAGAAAUAUCAUAAAGGUAAACGCUUUUGUUUGCUUUCCUUUUCUGAGUGCUUCAAAUUCCAUAAUUAUGACUUCGACCCGCCAAAUGAUGCAUUUGGUCUGUAAUUUCCUACUCCUGCUUUUCCAUACUUGGUCAACUCUCCGUCUCUAGAUAUCAUCCUUGCUCCAAGGUCUCCUCUAGCCAGAAGUUUUGUUUUCAUUGUGAGUUCUCGAAUCAAUCUUGGUUCGUAUUUUUGAAGGUUUUUGUGGGCUUUAGAUUGCUGUUACAGGAGAUUUUAAAGUUUCUUUUUGAAGGCUUUGUAGUGGAACUGAUGGGAAGUGCAAGUUCCAGUAGGAGAAACAUUUCGUCCUUCAGCUCAUCUUCUUCUAGUCAUGCUGGUUACCAAAGAUCACCGUACCCUCAACAGCCUCCGUAUUAUACCCCUCAGCCUCACCAUGCACCUGCUUCCUUCAACUAUGGUGCCCGGACUCCUCAGCCAUAUCAGAAGUCAGAUAGCAGGUAUUCGAGGAUAGCCGAUAACUAUGAAACCUUAGACCAGGUAACAGCUGCUCUGUCCGAGGCAGGAUUAGAGUCAUCUAACCUUAUAGUUGGUAUUGAUGUCACAAAGAGCAAUGAGUGGACAGGUGCAAGGUCAUUCAAGCACAAAAGCUUACAUCAUAUGGGAAAUGUUCAGAAUCCCUAUGAGCAGGCAAUUUCCAUCAUUGGGAAAACCUUAUCUGCCUUUGAUGAGGACAACUUGAUUCCAUGUUUCGGAUUUGGAGAUGCCUCAACACAUGAUCAAGAUGUAUUUAGUUUCUAUCCAGAUGCUAGAUCUUGUAAUGGAUUUGAAGAAGUGCUUGGGAGAUACAGGGAAUUAGUUCCCCGUCUAAGACUUUCAGGACCAACAUCUUUUGCACCUAUCAUUGAAAUGGCUAUGAGAAUCGUAGAGGACAGUGUUGGCCAGUACCAUGUUUUGCUAAUAAUUGCUGAUGGACAAGUGACAAGAAGUACUGAGACUCCUCGUGGUCAACUUAGUCAACAGGAGCAGAAGACAGUUGAUGCCAUUGUCAGAGCAAGUGACUAUCCAUUAUCAAUAAUUCUAGUUGGGGUUGGAGACGGUCCUUGGGACAUGAUGAGGGAGUUUGAUGAUAAUAUCCCUGCAAGAGCAUUUGAUAAUUUUCAGUUUGUCAAUUUUACGGAGAUUAUGUCAAAGGAUGUGGAUCCAUUGAGAAAACAAGCAGAAUUUGCUCUUGCUGCCUUGAUGGAAAUACCUUCUCAGUACAAAGCUACAAUUGAACUCGACAUGUUGGGAUGCGAAACAAAGAAGGCUCCAGGCAGGAGACCUCUUCCUCCUCCUAUUUAUGGCAGCAGCUUGAAAUCAUGUCGUCCGAACAGUUUCCAGCGUAGUGCUCAAUCUUAUCCUUAUCCUUUUCCUGAGAUUGCUGCUCAAAAGGCUCCAUCAUCAAGCUCUCUUCCGGAUAACAAGGUCUGCACCAUUUGUCUAGGCAGUACUAAGGACUUGGCAUUUGAAUGUGGGCAUCAGGCUUGCUAUAACUGUGGAAUAGAUCUUCAGUCAUGCCCAAUAUGCCAGAUGCCAAUAACAAUCAAAAUCAAGCUCUAUUCUUAGCUGUAUGCGGGCGGGGAUCCGACGUUCUUCAUUCCAUUGUGCUGUGUUCAGCACAUGCUGCUCACAGAUUUCAUUGAUCUCUGUUUGUGGAGUUGUUUCUGUAGUAUCAUUCCUCAGUGUGCUUUGACGGUAAUCACAAGAUUUUCAUGUUCCAGGAAACUGGAAGACGGGGCUUCUCUGAUUGAUUUGAUCAGGUCGUUUUCUAUGGAGCAAGAGCGCCUGAUUGGCCAAGGCCAAUAAAGAUAUCCCAAGUGAAAUGCUAAUUUAACCAAGAUUUCCAUGGAACUUUCUGUUCGUCUCUGGGUUGAUUCCUCUUCUUGGUAACGCACCAGACACCUGUUGGUUAAGAAUAUUAUUGAUUAAUCUUGGUAGAAACGAACAAUUGGAUGGUGGUGCUGCUCGAAGACCAUACUGGUAGCUCAGUCCAUCUUGUCAUCCCGCAUGAUUCUCUAAGGUCUUGCUUUUAAAUUUUGUAAUUUUUUUUUUUAAUAGGAGGAUGGGAUUUAGUUUUGUCAGAUUAUGAAGAUAUUCGAAGUGUAGAGGGCGAGGGAGAUGAGUCCAACAUAUCUUGAUAAUAUUCCUGAGUGGGUAUCCAGAUGUUGUCUAAGAAAUGUUUUUGUGAUGCAAUUGGAAUUCCAAUAAAUGUCUUCGAUGUA